CAAAAAAUAGGAAAACAAAUUGUAAUUUUGCAAAUUGUGAUUUGGAUUUCUUUCACCUACGGUAUUUUGUUUGGAUUCUGUUCCUUUCUACCUAAACCCCAGGAUUUUCACAGAUCAAACUUUUCUCUAUAUUUAAAUACUACUAAAUCAAUAAUGGUUGACGACUUACGGAAACAUUUAAAUCAUCUUUUAGAGAAAGUUAACGGUCUUCAUUGCAUCCUGAUCACUGAUCGGGAUGGAGUACCCGUAGUGCGCUCGGUAACUGAGAAAGCACCCCAACUUGCUUUGAGACCAAAUUUCAUAUCAACAUUCGGCAUGGCGACGGACCAAGCGAGUAAACUAGGCUUAGGAAGAAAUAAAACGAUAAUCUCCAUGUAUUCCAGCUAUCAGGUUAUCCAAAUGAAUAAGUUGCCGCUUGUAAUAACAUUUAUUGGCAGUGACAACUGCAACACAGGUCACAUAUUAUCACUGGAGAGCCAAAUUGAACCAUUCCUAAAGGAUCUAGAAACAAUUGUGGCUGAUGCUCCUUAAGACAAUGUACUUUUUGAGGCCUUUCACAUUAUAAUGCACAGACAGGUAUGUUUUAAUAUGCAACAUGACAAAGAAAAGUAUAAUUAUUAACAUUGCAACAUACUUUCUGGAUAUUAAAAACACAUCAUGUGUGUUUUGCAGUUUUAUAUCAGGUACUGGUACCGAUAAUGUGAAAAGGCUGUAAUUCUUAUAAACAUGGUAUUCAUAUUUUAUCAUAAUAAUAUGAUUAUGUUCAUAAAAUUGGUUACAAAGUGAAACAAAAGUGUUCUGUAGAACUAUUUUGCUAAUUGUUCAUAAUAGAUUUUUAAUGAUGAUAAUGUAUAAAAAUAAUUUCUUGCAGCCAUUGGUUGAUCUGAAAUUUUUUUAACAUUUUUAUAUGAUAAAAAUAUGUGACUACUUGAUUAGGUAGCCUGUGUAAUAUAUUCAAGCCUUUACUAUGACUACUAUGUAAAUA